AUGGCCAGCCCAAUGCGGCAAAAGCUCUUUCAUAUCCAUCUUCCCGGUCUGGCUCCCUACGCAACUGCCGCCCGCCUCCAAGAAUUGCUCGUUUCCCGCUUCCUCGCCUCGAAACCGCCCUCCAACGCUCCUUCCCCACCACCACACAUCAUCACCGCAGAGUUCCAACCCGUCUAUACCUGCGGACGACGAGAAAUCGGCAAUGUUUCCCCCGAACAGCAGGCACAUUUGCGCUACAAUGGCCGCGCAGACUUUGUCGAAGCCAUGAGAGGCGGACAAACGACCUUCCACGGCCCGGGACAGCUUGUCGCAUAUCCCAUUGUCGACCUGCGUACACAUAAACUCACGCCCCGCCACUACGUUUGUCUGCUUGAGAAGAGCCUGAUAGCUACGUGUGCGCGGUUUGGUAUCAAGGCCAUGACUACGGAGCAUACGGGUGUGUGGACGAGCCCGGACGACAAGAUUGCGGCCAUUGGCGUGCAUAUGCGGCGGAAUAUCACAAGUCAUGGGGUUGGUUUGAAUAUCAACACUGACUUGGCGUGGUUUGAAAGGAUUGUGGCGUGUGGGCUGGAGGGGAAGCGGACGACUAGUUUUGAGAGGGAGGGAGUGGUUGGAGAGGGGAUUGAGAGUGUUGCGGGUUUGUUUGUGAACGAGGUUGGGGAGCGGUUGGAGGGGGUUGAUGGUGUUGAAAGGAUAGGUGAGGAUGUAGUUGAGGACAUGUUAAAGAGGAGAGUGUGGGGCUGA